AGGUCCCCAGAUGUCCUCUGUGAGUUGAUGUCUCCAGAAGGUGGCCCAAGAACAUGUCCGGUUGUAGCCGGAUAUUACGAACAGGGAUUUUUGUGGGGCAUUUCUCUUCACCGCCAGGCUGUGUGUAAUGUCCAAUGGAGACAGUUCCCCCCGCAAGGCAGAGGAAGACAGGAAAACAUGUGUUUAUUAGUUCUGCACCUCUUUCCGAUAUCGCAUCAAUUUAGUACUUUCUGGAUGGCCAAUUACCGUUUUUGUCCCCCAUUCUGAUGGCAGCUCUUAUCAACAUCAGGAGUUGCCUGGCAGGUGCUGUGACAGCGACGGGCAGCACGGACGUGAACGUCAGAGGGUGGACAGGCGUACAGCGGGGGCAUGGCGUCCAUCGCUGACUAUUAUGCGGGCAAGAGCGUCCUGAUCACCGGCGCCACAGGCUUCAUGGGCAAGGUGCUGGUGGAGAAACUGCUCCGGUCCUGUCCACACGUCAGAGCCCUCUAUCUUCUGGUCAGGCCCAAGGCUGGACAGUCAAUGCAGGAACGGGUCAGCGACAUGAUGAAGUGCAAGCUGUUUGACCGUGUCAGGGAGGAUAACCCGGACUUCCACCAGAAGAUAGUUCCCAUCAGCAGUGAGUUGAUUCAGCCGGGCCUGGCCAUCGGCCCUGAGGACAAAGAGACACUGACCUCAUGCAUCAACAUCAUCUUCCACUGUGCUGCCACCAUCCGCUUUGACGAGCCCCUCAAACACGCCCUGCAGCUGAAUGUCAUGGCCACCCAGCAGCUCAUCUCUUUGGCCCAGCAGAUGCCCCACCUCCAGGCCUUCAUCCACAUCUCCACAGCCUACGCCAACUGCAACCGCAGGCACAUCGACGACAUCAUAUACCCACCCCCUGUAGAGCCCAAGAAGCUCAUUGACUCUCUGGAGUGGAUGGAGGACAGCAUCGUCCGUGACAUCACACCGCGCCUCAUCGGGGACCAUCCCAACACCUAUACCUACACCAAAGCUCUGGCAGAGUGCGUCGUCCAGAAAGAGAGCAGCAAGCUCAGCAUCGCCAUCAUCCGGCCCUCCAUAGUGGGAGCCAGCUGGCAGGAACCCUUCCCUGGCUGGAUUGAUAACUUCAACGGGCCAAGCGGAGUCUUCAUCGCUGCAGGGAAGGGCAUCCUGCGCACCAUGAGAGCCAACAAUGACGCGGUCGCCGACCUCAUCCCCGUGGACGUGGUCAUCAAUCUGACCCUAGCCGCUGGCUGGUACACGGCCGUUCACAGACCCAAGGCAGCGCUGGUCUACAACUGCACAACAGGUGGAAUCAACCCUUUCCACUGGGGUGAGAUAGAACACCAUGUAAUGUCCAGCUUCAAGAGGAACCCCCUGGAGCAGGCUUUCAGAAGGCCCAAUGCCAACAUCACCUCUAACUACCUGAUGAACCAGUACUGGAUCCUGGUUAGCCACAGGUUCCCUGCCCUCCUCUAUGACCUCUACCUCAGACUGUCUGGACAGAAGCCCCAGAUGAUGCGAAUCUUCAACCGCCUGCACAAAGCCAUCGGCCUGCUGGAGUAUUUCAGCAGUCAGGACUGGGAGUGGAACUCGGAGAACAUGAACAUGCUGAUGAGCCAUCUCAGCCCUGAGGAUAGAAAGACAUUCAACUUUGAUGUGCGUCAGCUGAACUGGCCAGAGUAUAUAGAGAACUACUGCAUCGGCACCAAGAAGUACGUUCUGAAUGAAGACAUGUCAGACAUCCCCGCUGCCAGGCAACACCUCAGGAAGCUGAGGAACAUCCGCUACACCUUCAACACUCUGCUGCUGGUAUUCAUCUGGAGGGUGUUUAUUGCACGCUCACAAAUGGCCAGGAACAUCUGGUACUUUGUGGUCAGUCUCUGCUUCAAGUUCCUGUCCUACUUCAGGGCCUCCAGCACACUCACCAACUGAAGACACACUGGCGGUUGACCAACUGACCGCACGGCUUAAACAGACAACACCCCCCAGCCCCCCAGCAGCACACAACAUCACUCCUCGAAACAGCCUCGCUCAGGACCCUCAAGGAAGAGGGAGUGUGGGGCUGGGUUGGAACACAGCUUGAAGAGUUGAACUGGGUCAACCACAAUGUAUUUGAAAUCAGAAGUUGAUGGUUGUUUUUUUGCACUGGUCCCGCCCCUAUUGUAAGUCAUACAGCUCUACUUCAAAGUGUGGUUUUGCAUUUUACAACUAGAGCUGUUCUGAAUGAUACAGAUUAUGCCCAAUGAAACGUGCUCUCAGCCAGAACAUAUCUGAAAAUACUUCUCGGUCGAGAGUGUAGUGUGAUGAGAACGGCUUUGACUGGGCGUUGUUGUGAUGAGGUAGAGUAUAACCACGAAUUGGACAUCAUGAAAUUACGUUUAAAGAAUGUUUAGACCUCCACGUGAAUGACUCCACGUGAAUCCUGAGAUGUUAUCGGCCUGUUUUCUGUAGUAAGGCCACCGAAGCCUACCUUUGAGUAAGGCUUCGGCAAUAGCCUGAUGUAUUUCCGCAUAGAUUUUAGUAGGCUGCUAUAAAAAUGUCUUACUGUUGGUGGUACUGAUACAAGCUACAUUUACAAAUUAAAAAUUGAGAUCAGACUUCUUUCCCAUUUACAGUUCAUCCCGUUUCAUUGCCCAUUUGUUUUGCGGUUUAUAUUGAAACAAAGCCCAGGACAGAUGUUACCAGAAUUGUUUCCACAUUCCAACAUCCCAUUGACAGUACACGCUGGAUGUUGGUUCAAACGCAUUACGUUUAACCUACCAUCAGACUGGACCUCCAUGUAAAUUCACCACCUUUCAUCUUUAACUAGAUCAAACGAAGGCUAGUCUUAUGUAAAUGGUACACGAAGGUGACCGUGUGUCAUAAUGUAUAUAAAGGAGUUGGCAAGACCUGUAAAUAUAUCAAGGUAUAUUAUUCUUCUAUAGAUUAGCAGUCUGUAUGAAUUACAGGAGGCAGAAUACUACAGAGCUUCAGACUACCAAGUAUAAGUGUAGCAAACGGUAGAAUUCCACUGUUUGACUGUUUCUACAUUUAUAUACAGUAUCUAUCUUAAAAGACACAUGGACAAUGAAAGAACAUUUACUGCAAAUCUACACUCCAGGUGAAAAAAGGGGGUGAGCCAGUAAUGGAAAGCAAAGAUGGUGACCGUCCUUUUCUAACAUCAGUUAAGGGACUAUGAACCAAAUGCUUGUCCAUCAGAGUAAAUUACUUUUCCUCCACAAUAAGGUGACAUCUGAUACAAGGUUUAGAGGGUGGGGAUCGACAACGUUUGUUACAUAUCUGUCAUGUUGACAACCAAGCUGGGGCUUUGCUUCAUGAAACAUAUUGGCUGCAGUGCACUUUGUGUAGAGCUGUGCUAGAUCACACCAGGUACGGAAACGUAGGCUGUGUUCAGUCAAAUGGAACAACUUCUGAUUAUUUUUUCCUCUUUUUCAAAUGUAAUUUGAAAAUGUUCACCACCUAUUUCUGCUCGAAAAACACUGUGUGCUUGGCAAAACAUUAAUAAACCAAAAGACAAAUGUCAGUGUCUAAGAAAUUCUGUGAGACCAUUUAUGUAUCUCUAAAAUUGUGUAGGUGCUUAAUUGGUAAUCCCAAGGCAGUACAAUGUGUGGCCCUUCCCUCUGACGAAUACAACACAGAUUUUCAGCAUGCUACACAGCCUUGCGUUCUCCCAAACAAAUUAUUCCAUAUUAUUCUAAAAAUACAGAGGCUAUAUUCACAAAACAUCUCAUGGCUAAAAGUAGCUCACAACUUGCUGAUUUAGGAGAAACUCUAAUAAAUAAUGGACAUGUCAGUACUAAUUUUAAGACUCCUAAAUCUUUG